UUUGCUACCAUCUGCACAGCUGGUAUCUCAGUUCAGCAGUGCCUCCCAGCACUGUGGGAUCUUGUUGGCUCAGGCAAUGUCAAAUUUCCAGGCAAGAAGGCAGAGCUAGCAAGCCUCUUCAAGUCAGGCAGUGCUAGUGGGAUGAAAUUUGAGCUUGACCUUGGCCAGUUUAUCAACAUUGAGGGUCCCACUGCCAAGGCUAUUGUCUGUCUUGAAUCCAUGCAGAUUAAUCCAGCCGAUGUUUACAAGUAUUGGCUAGCCAUAUGUGGCUGCAUCAAGCAAGUUUUUGAAGACACUUCAACUGGAUUUGCCAUUGAAGAAAUGGGUCAGAUUUAUACCAUCGUUAAUUCUCACUUCCAUGAGCAACUUCAAGAUGGACCAGCUGACUGCUACCUUGCUGCCCUAUGUUUGGAUCCUCAUAAGUUGCAGUUAUAUCUUCACAAUGCUCGUGCUGAUCCACAGGACAGACUAUGUGCACAGCAUGAUCCUUCAUAA